UGGUGGUCAUUUUUAUCACUGUAUAAAAGUAUUUAUUGAAUUUUAGACAAUUACUAAUUAUAUACCACUUCCACAAGUUAAUUAAUGUGAAAUUUGUGAUAUGCUCUUUAGGAUUAAUGAAUUAGUGUGUGUGUCUUAUGGAAAUUUGAUAAAAUUUCUAUUACGGGGUCAUCUCAAAUGAACCUAACCCAACGUCUUCUGUAAAGUUUAAAAAAGAAUUCAGUACUAUGUUUUGGAAAUACAAUACCUCAUCUUCCUCACAAAUUGAGGGUCUUCUAGGCAAAGAGGAUGUUACACUACAAGAAGUUAUGGACGCCGACGAUAUUAUUAAUGAAUGUAGGGCUCAGAAUAAAACAUUAAUAGACUUCCUAUUAAAGCCUGACGUGAUGGAAGAAUUAGUAACGUUAACUAUAAAAGAACCGUCAAUUGAAAUAGAAGAAAGAUCUAGAUUUAAGUACCCAAACAUAGCAAGUGAGUUGCUAACUUGUGAUGUACCAGCUUUAAAUGAAACAUUGGCUGGUAAUGAAGUUCUACUAGAUAAGCUUUAUUCUUUUUUGGAAUGCGAUCCUCCUCUGAAUCCGCUAUUGGCUUCCUACUUUAGUAAAAUAAUGGGUGCCCUUAUUGCAAAAAAGACUGAGCAGAACUGGUUAUCCUAUCAGUUCACUUGCUUACAGGUCCUAGACUUUUUAAAGGCUAAGGACACCUUUAUAUCAUUACUGCUCAAACACUUAGGCACUUCGGCUAUCAUGGAUCUCAUGCUCAAGCUUAUGACACAAGUUGAAGGGGUUGAAAUGAGGCAGAAUAUUUUAAAUUGGCUUGACAGUCAAAGAAUAAUGCAGUCAUUAGUAUCUCUGUUGAAUCCGAAAAUCGAUAAGGAGAGGCACUAUAAUGUUGCUCAAUUAUUGUGUGAUUUCGUUAGGAUAGCUCGUGAUACUCAGAGGAAUUCAACAGAGAGGGCUGACCCAGACCCGUUACUUAAUACUUUAGAAUCACCGGAAACAGUUGCUUUGCUGUUGGAUCAUAUAUUAAAGGAAGAGAAAAGUGAAACUGCUAUCGUAGGCGGCAUUCAAGUACUUCUAGCUCUUUUAGAUGUGUAUCAGUCUAGCAUUCCAAAAUUCAACUCCCAGAACAUGUAUAAUUCCAAUAUAAACGAAGAGGCUAGUGAUAUUGAACAAAAGCAGAAGAUUAUUUUUAAUACGACACGAGCUUUCUGCGCUAGAGCGAAAGACUUUCAUAACAUACUGCUCGACCCACCAAAUACGACACCGAUUGUUACCACAGUAGGCACGCUAAAUCCACCGUUAGGUAAUACUCGACUUCAGAUAACGAAACUGUUGGCCACGGUCAUAGCGUCCAAUAAUGAAGAGCUGUUAAAUGAAUUAGAAUCGAUAGGAACUUUCCCUGUACUGUUAGAUUUAUUUUUUAAGUACCCGUGGAACAAUUUUUUACACACCCAAGUAGAAAAUUGCCUUAUAUCAGCACUCAAGACACACGUAUCUGAGGAAAUUGAUGACACAAAUGCCUUAACUAAACAUUUAUUAGUAAAUUGUAAGUUAAUCGAACGAAUAUUGGGAGCAUGGAAGGAAAAUGACGAGCAACAAGCUCAGGAAAAAGGUAUCCGACAGGGUUACAUGGGCCACUUAAUCAGUAUAGUCAAUAAAAUAGUUGAUUUGUGUUCUAAUACCGCCUUGGGCCAAUAUCUGAAAGACAAUUUACCAGACGUGGCAAAAACUCUGAACGAUUUUAAAGACACCACACUGAGCGAAACUAAUAAGAUACAGGAAACAUUAUUGGGGGGUGCCCAUCCCAACAGUUCGGUUGAGGAUAAUGAUGAUUACGGCGACAUACCUUUCCCUCAGUCCAGUGCAUUGCAACAACAGAUGUUUUCACAGUACCAAAUGCAAAAUUUGACAUCGCAGUAUAUAGACGGUUAUAGUGGAUUUAACGAUGAUGCUUUUAACGACGGAGAUGAUACGUUACAGACAAUUGAUCAUCGAACAGAUAUGAACUUUGAUUUGUCAGAAGGAGAUCUAGUCCAACAGCAUGAGAUAUUUAAGCAAGUGUGCGCCCAAAAUAUUAAUACGUUAGAUGAUGCGGAUGAUCAGAUAUUUGAGGACAGGGAUCACACUUUUCAGACCGUUAUUGAGAAACAAGACAGAAAUGAGGCCGUGUAUAGUAGCGACAGUGACGACGAGCAGGGCGGCGAUGAAAAUAUGGAUGUUGACCCGUGGUCAUCACCGAAACCAGUAGAAAGUCGUCCGGCACGGGCUGUUGGAUCCGACCCGUGGGGUAGCGACUUUGGCAGCUCGGAUGCUACCGUCGGCGGUUGGGCGGAUUUCAGUUCGGCACAGUUCGACGCGAACUUUGCCUCUUUCGAUGGCAAAAUUAAAAAGAACGUUGGAAAUAAAGAGAACAAGCAACCGAUCGUGGAGAGUGACUUAAAACUUGAAAGUAUUGAUAGCCAAACGGACAAUUCCAAAGACAGUAAAACCAAUAGUAUUGAUAAAGUUGCUCAAGUAGAAGACGUUAAGUCUGAGGGGCCGGAUACUAUUAAGAGUGCAGCUGGCGAUCAAGGAGGAGAGUUGGUUUCGGGGCAUCAGAAGACAUCGAGCGCUGCUGUUACUGAACCGUCCAAAAGCAAAGAAGGUGAUCACACCCUACACUCAGGAUCUACAGGUAAAGAAAAAGUAGAGAAAGAUAAAGUGUGAGCAAUCCCCGCUACAUAUCAUAUGGGAACUUAAAAAGUAUGUUGAGUCUUUGCCAUACCGAUGAUGUAUAGUAUUUUGUAAAAUAACACAUUUUUAAUCAUAAUUCUACCGUAAAAUCUAGAACAAUAAUAACUGCCCGCAAACAAUGGUGAGAUAAUUAAUGGAAACAUCUGUGCAACAGUACUAUUUAUAUAUUUUAUGUAUGGUAUUUAUAAGCAUAUUUAUUUACCCGCCAAAUAAGUGUGUGCUAGUUUUAUCGCCCAAAACAUCACAAAUUUCUGAAGACAUUGGAAACAAUCGCCAUCUAUUAUCUGUUUUACAUAAGAGCACAAUAUCUUUUUAAAUCUUUGUAUUUUAUUAGUUGUUUCACUGUUGUUCUCUGGCAGGAACAGAAAUCAUUUUUUAAUGUAUUAUUAUUCAUCUAGCAAUAUUUGGAAAAAUUAGAAUUUGUUGUAAAAUACUUAUUUCAAUUAAAGUAAUUUAUUGUUUUUUAAAUUAAUAUUAUUUUAUUAUUUCUACUUUGUGAAUAGAUAAAUUUGGGUAGGUGCUGCUGCCCCUUGUAAUGGUAAAUUUUUCGCCAGGGUUAUAUAGUAUUAUAAAGUAUUUUGUAACUAAAGAAUUGCUUAAUGCUCAGCAUUUAUGUAUUUUUUUGUUUUUUCGUUCUUAAAAGAUCUCUUUGCAAGGCGUGCAAUAUUAUUUAACCCUAUAGGCCACGUUGUCAAAAAGCUACAUUAAAUGAAGUGUUAAAGCAGGUACUCUUGCAUACAGUCAAAUCCUAUAAUCAACGUCAAACCACCGAGGAGUGAUGUCGGUCCAUGGCUAGCCGGGAUAAUGAAAUUUGACCACAGUUGAGGUCUCUUAAUUUUGAAGAUAUUAUUUCUUUGAAAUUUGCGAAAAUCACUUCCCUAGGCCUUAGCUACAAAAUUAGGUGUAUUGUAAUUUUUUUUUUUUAAUAUAGAAUUUUGUUAUAAAAUCCAAAAAAUUACUGUACUAGUAUCAG